ACUUGUUUUAGUCAUUAUAAAACAAUAAUGAACUUGUUGAAAGUAUAAUUAUAUCAUCAAUUAUUUUCCCUUUGAUACAUAUGAUAUCAACUUCUUCUCAACAAAUAGAAGGAAAAAGGAAAAAUAGUAAAAUACCAGUAAACAACAAGGGCAUAAUGACCUGGAUAAGGAGAGGUGGGGCCUACUUCAUAUCCGAAGCGACCUUUACUCUUAUUAUGUUUCUAAAUUAUCUUUUCGGCUUUUUCCCCAAAGUGCCAACAAGGCGAGUCUCUAUUUGUCAGCUUGAUUUGCCAAGUCAGCAAAGAACGGCAUGCAAUCCGUAGCUACGACGCCGUUUCCAUCGGCAGCAUUAUAUCAGUUUGAGCUAGCAGCGAGAAAAAUAUGAGGCUCAGAAAGGCCCGUUGCUUCUCUCCCGCCACACUCUCUAACCCAAGAAUGCAGAUUCUCUCAGCUCCAUCGUCCCGCUAUCUCCCCUUUGAAAUCUCGAAGCCGCAAUCGAAGCAGCCAGGAAUUUCCUCACCGGAGAAGUGGCUUCAGAUAUCGGUAACGAAUCCUUCCUCGUCGCUAUUUCCUCCUCUGAGAAGCAGCAGCUCUCACAAGCCGUCCUGCUGCUUUACAACGAGAGCUGCUUCUACUGAAGUUGGUGCUUCCGAGACAUCGGCUGAAUUGAGAUCAUCCGCAGAGAGCGACGUGCUGAAGGCCUUGUCUCAGAUUAUCGAUCCUGAUUUCGGAACGGACAUUGUGACUUGUGGAUUCGUCAAAGACCUAGAGAUUGAUGAAGCUCAAGGAAAGGUUUCGUUUAGGUUGGAGCUCACUACCCCGGCAUGUCCAAUCAAGGACUUGUUUGAGAAGCAGGCAAAUGAGGUGGUCGCGGGGCUUCCAUGGGUGAAGAAUGUUAGUGUGACAAUGUCAGCACAGCCAGCUAAACCUAUGUACGGGGCGCUACUUCCUCCUGGACUGCAGACCAUUUCGAAUAUCAUUGCAGUUUCAAGUUGCAAGGGAGGUGUUGGGAAAUCGACUGUUGCUGUGAAUCUUGCGUAUACUUUGGCUGGUAUGGGUGCUAGGGUAGGGAUAUUUGAUGCUGAUGUCUAUGGUCCAAGUUUACCAACGAUGGUCUCUCCUGAAAACCGGUUGCUGGAGAUGAAUCCGGAGAAGAAAAGUAUUAUACCUACUGAAUACUUGGGGGUGAAGUUGGUUUCCUUUGGAUUUGCUGGACAAGGUCGCGCGAUAAUGAGGGGUCCAAUGGUUUCGGGGGUUAUCGACCAGCUUCUCACGACUACUGAGUGGGGAGAGCUGGAUUACCUUAUCAUUGACAUGCCUCCGGGAACUGGUGAUAUACAGCUUACUUUAUGCCAGGUUGUCCCAUUGACUGCUGCUGUCAUUGUGACCACCCCUCAGAAGCUUGCGUUCAUCGAUGUUGCAAAAGGAGUUCGGAUGUUUUCAAAGCUUAAGGUGCCAUGCGUUGCUGUUGUGGAGAACAUGUGCCACUUUGAUGCUGAUGGAGAACGGUAUUACCCCUUCGGCAGAGGAUCAGGCUCUCAGGUUGUUCAGCAAUUUGGAAUCCCUCAUCUGUUUGAUCUUCCGAUCAGGCCAACUCUAUCCGCCUCUGGGGAUAGUGGGAUACCUGAAGUGGUUGCUGAUCCUCUAGGUGAAGUUGCAAAGACGUUCCAGGAACUCGGGGUUUGCCUCGUGCAACAAUGUGCUAAAAUACGCCAACAGGUUUCAACUGCUGUCACUUAUGAUAAAUCAAUAAACGCAAUCAAAGUGAAGGUGCCUGAUUCAGACGAGGAGUUUCUCCUUCAUCCUGCAACAGUAAGGCGAAACGAUCGUUCUGCACAAAGCGUGGACGAAUGGACUGGGGAGCAGAAGCUGCAAUACAAUGAUGUCCCGGAAGAUGUCGAACCGGAAGACAUUCGGCCAAUGGGAAACUAUGCAGUCCAAAUAACAUGGCCCGAUGGAUUCAGCCAGAUUGCUCCCUACGACCAAUUGCAAACGAUGGAAAGGCUGGUUGGUGUUGUUCCUGUCAGUGUAAGCAGCUAAACUAGACACCCUCUCUUCAUUCCCAUCAACUCUCAUGCAAGCUUUUGUCAAACAUGAUGGUCAUAGGAGUGAGAAAGUUGCCAUUAGCACAGGCCAGUCUACCACAGAAUAGAGAGAGAGAGAGAGAGAGAGAGAGAGAGAAUAUACAGCUGCUGGUUUGUAUAGUGAAAAAAAUUCUACGUACAUUUUGGUCCAAGAAAGCUUACAAUACGCGCAAAAAUCUGAUUACGUAGCAGACUUGUGUAUAGUGGCAUCUCAUUUCUAAGCAGUCUUUCUCUAUAAUUUUGUCUCGUUGGAGUCGUCGGCGGCGGCGGCGGUCAUUUCAAGCUCUGUAGAGUGGGAUCAAAGUCUGAACACAGUAGAACUAGAAGGCAUAUGCAGGCACUGCGCGCAGCCGCUGCUGUUUGACUUUUUUUUUUUCCGGGUCGGGUCGGGUUCGUCGUACCCGUCCACUAGACACUCUGGAUUAGACAUGUGAGUGUGUGACCAAAUUGGACUGUGUGUGAGCGUGACACAAAAGAUAGUACGACUUCCAACUUGUCGGCUGGCUCCCCCAAAAUUCUGGUCAUUUCUGCCUGGUAGUCUUGCCAAUAUGCUUCUUUGUCUCGUCUGAACCGGAUUGAAAAGCGAUAACGUUGCACACUGUAUACGAUAAAUUCAUUAACUUUUUAUUUCUUCGAGAGAAAUUGUAUGCAUUCAAUUUUUUUUUUUUAAUCGAUGUUACGAAAUGAAUCCAGAUCGCAUGAUGAUAUGAUUCGCUGGCGCCGGUAUAUGCCCCGAUCUGAAAAAGGAAGGGAUCAAAAUGGGUUCACGAACAGCAGAGUGCAUAUUAGCAUGGUCCAUGAAACCGUACCGGAAAAGUAAGCGGUGGGGUAUUUUAUGGCAAAAUCGUGGUUUAACCGUAGUUCAACCGUUAGUACCGUUAAAUACCGCCUAUCGGUUUAGCCUCCGUUACUGAUAUUUUGUGGUUGAACCGCUGGUACUGUACGUUUUAAUGGACCAUGCAUAUUAGGCACCGGCCUCUUAAAUGAAGAUAGAGAUAUAGGAAAGAAGGAGAAGAAGAAGAAGAAGAAGAAGAGUGUUGUGAUGGCGCAAGGAAGUGUCAGUUUCACAAGCUGCCUUAAGUUAUUAUUGAUGAACAUUAGUGAGUCCAGCAGCAGCAGCUGCACCAAACUCAAGCUUUAACCUUUUCGUUUUAAAUGCUUCUCUCUUUCUAUCUACCUGUCAACUAUAUUGAAGGAGAAAGGCAAAAAAGAACGGAAGAGUUUCUUUCUGGUAAGAGUCUGGCUGCCUACAAUUUCACUGAGCAAAAAGUGAUGUAUGUAUGGAAGUAAAAAAAGACAAAUGCACCAGCCGGGAAUCGAACCCGGGUCUGUACCGUGGCAGGGUACUAUUCUACCACUAGACCACUGGUGCUAUUGAUGUUAUAAGAUUUUUGUUGCUGGCAAUUCAAGAGGAUUUCCCCCCGGGAAGCACUCGAAAUGAUUGAUAGUUAAAAUCAAAUCCGAAAGCACGAGUACAAUCUCGAUCAUUCUAAAGGGUUGAUCAAAUAAUUACCGAAUCCACCACAAGCCGAAAAUGUUCAACUAAUCAAGUAAAACCAUCGGCGGACGAUCCAAACCAGACAUCGCGACCCUUUCAUCCCAACACGUCUACUCGGGCCAUAAAUUAUUUUCUCCAUGAAAAUUCUUGUCGUUCUGAUAAGAAUAAUAAUGUUUUUCAUUUUGA